GCCACCUUUCUUUUCAAUUUUCUCUCCCAAAAGCAGCAGCAACACACGAAAAUGGUGCAACGUUUGACGCUGAGAAGACGUUUGUCGUACAACACACGCUCCAAUAAGAGACGCAUUGUACGCACUCCUGGCGGUCGUCUGGUCUACCAGUAUGUGAAGAAAAACAAAACUGUGCCCCGUUGCGGUCAGUGCAAGGAGAAGCUAAAGGGCAUCACUCCCAGCCGCCCUAGCGAGCGUCCCCGUUUGUCUAAGCGCCACAAGACCGUGUCUCGUACAUAUGGUGGUGUUUUGUGUCAUGGUUGCCUGCGGGAGCGCAUUGUUCGCGCCUUCCUCAUUGAGGAGCAGAAGAUCGUCAAGGCUCUGAAGAGCCAGCGUGAGGCCCUGGUGAAGCCGGUAAAGGCCCCCAAGCCCAAGGUUGAGCCAAAGAAGAAGCCAGUCUCAAAAACCACAAAGCCCGGCGCUGGUGGUAAGGGAGCAGGCAAAUCGGCUGGCGGUAAAGGACCAGGUGUAGGUGGCAAGAAACCCGGACAGAAGCCCACAGGUGGAGCCGGCAAACCCAGGAAGUAAACGCUAAACGCAUUGCGAAUAUGAGUUCAAGUUCUAACAAAUGAUGCAAAAGAAUUCAAAUAAAACUGUUUUUCCCAAA